AUGGAGCCAGAAGCCUUAGAAAUUUACCCUUACAACCCUCAACACCGAAUCCCACUCAGAAGAUUUCAGUACCACCUGGCAUCAUGCAGGAGAAAGAACCCCCAAAAAGCCAAAAAGAUGGCCAGCUGCAAAUACAACGCCUGCCACGUGCUCCCCAUCAAAAAGCUGGAGGAGCGUGAGGCUGCCUGUGUCAACAGAAGCACAGUGGAGGAAGAGGACAGCUUGAGCCCUCUGAAGGUCAGCCUUCCGAGCUCAGAGCAGAACGGAAACACCCCUCCAAUGUCCCCCUGGCUCCCCAACCCCAAUGUCUGGAAUGUAGAUAGCACGAAUUGCCACCCCAUGUUUGUCCUUAAGACUUUUGUUCCCCAAAAGCUUGCUUGUGAAAGCGACACAAGAGAGUCAGAGAGAGAGGACCACACCCCAUCCCUGACCACCCCCCAGAAGAUCAUCAGACCAGGAGAGUAA